CCGGCCGCAGCUGCGCGCUGGUCCUGACCUUCAGCGGCCCAGCUCCCGCGCCAUGGCGCCGUCCAGGAAGUUCUUCGUGGGGGGCAACUGGAAGAUGAACGGGCGGAAGAACACCCUGGGGGAGCUCAUCAGCACCCUGAAGGCCGGCCGCAGCUGCGCGCUGGUCCUGACCUUCAGCGGCCCAGCUCCCGCGACAUGGCGCCGUCCAGGAAGUUCUUCGUGGGGGGCAACUGGAAGAUGAACGGGCGGAAGAACACCCUGGGGGAGCUCAUCAGCACCCUGAACGCCGCCAAGGUGCCGGCCGACACCGAGGUGGUUUGUGCGCCCCCUACUGCCUACAUCGACUUCGCCAGGCAGAAGCUGGACCCCAAGAUUGCUGUGGCUGCGCAGAACUGCUACAAAGUGACUAACGGGGCCUUCACUGGGGAGAUCAGCCCUGGCAUGAUCAAAGACCUUGGAGCCACAUGGGUAGUCCUGGGCCACUCGGAGAGGAGGCACGUCUUCGGGGAAUCAGAUGAGCUGAUCGGGCAGAAGGUGGCCCACGCCCUGGCAGAGGGCCUGGGAGUAAUCGCUUGCAUCGGGGAGAAGCUGGAUGAGAGGGAAGCUGGCAUCACAGAGAAGGUCGUUUUUGAGCAAACCAAGGUCAUCGCAGAUAACGUGAAGGACUGGAGCAAGGUGGUGUUGGCCUAUGAACCUGUGUGGGCCAUCGGUACGGGCAAGACUGCAACGCCUCAACAGGCCCAGGAAGUACAUGAGAAGCUCCGGGGAUGGCUUAAGUCCAAUGUGUCUGAAGCAGUGGCUCAGAGCACCCGAAUCAUUUACGGAGGUUCUGUGACUGGGGCAACCUGCAAAGAGCUGUCAAGCCAGCCCGAUGUGGAUGGCUUCCUAGUGGGCGGUGCAUCCCUCAAGCCUGAAUUCGUGGACAUCAUCAAUGCCAAACACUAAGUGCCAUCUGGUUCCCCUCCCCUUCCUGCUACCCAGGCCUAGAAGCCCGGCAAUGCCCCUCCCCAGCUGAUGAUGCCAUCUGCCCCCUCAGCCUAAUCCAGAGUUUACACCUCCCUUGUAAAGGUUGGGACCAGGCCAAUCCCUUCACUGCUUAGUCUCAUUGGAAGGAGGUGGCUUCUCCUUGGCUGAGAGGCAGAAGGAGUCCGCUUGCUGAGAGCAGCAGAGAAGUUCUCCCCCCACACCCCGUGACAGCCUCCCCUCAGCACUGUGUCUGUGAGCCAUCCCACCUGUAAGGGAAAUAAACAUCUGCCACUAAGACA